UCUCGUUACCGUGGCUCUUUUGUUGUUGGUCCUUCUAACCGACCCAAACACAUGGCCUUUGCUCUGCCGGUGUGGCUUGCGGUCCAGGAUGAGCUCCUUGGACGCGAUCAAAGGGACUGGGCGACUCCCAGCUGUUUUGACGCUUUCGAUGACGCAGCUUUGUUCCAAAUGUUUCACCUCACCAGACCGUGCAUCGCUUUCAUCACAGAUUUAGUGCGCAUCCGCACGAAGACCGUCCCCGCGGACAAACCCGACACGACCGUGGACGCCGCCGUCAUGGUGGCACUGAACUAUUACGCACACGGCGUGCUCUCGCCCGCAAUCCUGCAGCGAGUGGGCGCGAGCGACGCGGAGUGCGGCGCGAUGCUGCGCGCGGUGUCCGCCGCCGUCUCGGACAUGUCCAGUCAGUUCAUCUCAUUCCCGGCGACCGCGGACGACCGAGCGAAGCUCGCCUCCAAAGUGGAGAAACUAUGCGGGAUCCCCGACGUGCUGGGCGCCAUGGCCCCCGCCCACUUCAUGAUCAGGGCUUCUCCCUACGAGAAGAGCGCCUUCAGGUCCUUCGUCAACACGCUGGGUUACACGUCCGUGGCGAGCCAGGUCGUAUGCGACCCCGACGGCAACAUACUGAGCGUGGACACGUGCUGCGUGGGCAGCACGUAUGCGCAGGAUAUGUGGGAAUCCUCGCUAAUAGGAAGGGAAAUUGAAAGAGACGUUCACGGACCAUACUGGAUUGUUGGUGGGACAGGCUACCACUUAAGCAAACAUGUGCUGACCCCGGUGUCAGACCCUGCAAGUGACAUCGAGGUCCGCUUCAAUAAGGCCCACGCAAAGAUCCACAACGUCGUGUGGAGGACGCUUGGCACCAUGAGGAGGCGCUUCAGGUGCCUGAUGCAGCUCGGCUUUGCGCGAGAAGAUUUAUUGAAGAAGCAGUCCAACAUCAUCAAGACGUGCUGUGUCCUGCACAACAUAGCCAAGAAGUUCUCGGUCCCCCCUCCGCCCGUAGUGGGUAAAAUCGAGCCCCCGUUCCCAGCGAAGCAGCUGUCAGCGCCGACGCAGAGCAACCCAGAGGCCAUGAAAGCGAGGCAGAAACUGAUUGAGGACAACAGAGAAGCUGUCCUCAGAGUCCUGGAGUCUCUGAGUUGCAACAGCGCGGAGGACGGGGUGUGAACCACCAAAGAGAAUCAUUGAUGCGACUAAAACUGCAUGUACUAUCUAAGGAACAGUAAGUUCACACCAGUUAAUAUUAAAUAAUUACAGCAGUUAAGAACAGACUAUUAGUGUUCAUGUAAAACAUGCUAGUGGUUAACACUUCCACCAUGCAGCUUAUACAUUCAAACCCACAGAGCAGCGGUUGCCUUUCUGUGCCUUUUUUUUACUGCUCUAGUUCCUCCCAAAUGCAGUUCAUACAGUACGAGAGCCACUGGUCCCUCUGCGUGCACUGUGAUGGAGCCGGGCCGUUAACAGUGGGGGCAGUUUAGAUGAUGAGCGUUUUUUUUUACUUCUUCUGCAAAUGGAGCACAACUCUUUUCUACGUGUAUUUAUACUUUUUAAUAAAUCUAAUGUGAAAACA